AUGGCCACCAUUGACGAAGGAACGGAGACAGAUGCCCCGAAACUGGGCCGCCGUCUGGUGCUCUGCUUCGAUGGCACAGGAAAUCACUUCAAGGGCAAUGAAUCAGACUCUAAUGUCGUGAAGCUUUAUCAGAUGUUGGACAGACAUGACAAGCGGCAGUUCCACUACUACCAGCCUGGCAUUGGAACAUUUAAUGUAAACAUGUCCACCAGCGUAACUAUGUUCGGACGCAUGCGCUCCAAGAUCAGCGAAAUCAUCGACAAGGCGAUAGGCACGUCUUUCGAGUACCAUGUUACUAGCGGAUACCGGUUCCUGAUGCGUUACUACGAGCCCGGAGAUGACAUAUAUAUCUUCGGCUUCUCACGAGGUGCCUACACAGCUCGUUUCCUGGCCGAGAUGAUCGAGCACGUCGGCUUACUCUCCAUGGGUAACGAGGAUAUGAUCCGAUUUGUGUACGGAUCGUUCAGCAAGUGGCAGACUAUUCGAGGGAAAGAGAAGAAAACGCCCAAGGACAUUGAGGUCGAAGAGUAUCUGCAGAAGUUGAAAGUGACCUUUUGCCGUAAGGAGGUCGACGUCUUCUUCCUGGGCCUGUUCGACUGCGUCAACAGCGUCUCGACUCUUGAAAUCCCAUUCUCCAGCAAAGCAUAUAGAUACUGCGCCCCAUCACCAGCCAGACAUGUCCGCCAUGCUUUGUCUAUCCACGAACGACGUCUCAAGUUCAAACCUGCCCUAUUCACCUUUGAAUCCGAAGACCGAGCAGCUUCGGUCAAGGAGGUCUGGUUUGCGGGUAAUCACUCUGAUGUGGGCGGUGGUUUUGCCUAUGAGAACAACGCCCGCUUCCUUCUGUCCGAUAUCCCGCUUGCCUGGAUGCUAGAGGAGGCCCUGGCCAUCACGGAUGCUCCCGCUGGGCCCCUCACCUUCGGCGACCAACAUCCGGAGGCCCUGAACCGGCUAAAGACCAUCGAGGCCAUUCUCGACCAUGAGGCCGAGCCCCCCGUUGUCGGUGCCUCAGGGGUCGUGCCGGAUGGCGAAGUCAGCCACUUCAAACACCACGACUCCCUCAUCAUCGGCCGCGGUGCCACGUGGCAUAUGACCAUCAUCUGGUGGUUCAUGGAACUACUACCAGUCUUCACCCGUCUCGAGCUGGAAGACCACCAGUGGAAGCCUCGGUACUGGCCCCCCAACUGCGGUUCUCACAGAGACAUCCCGACAGAAGCCAUGCUGCACCACACCGUCGAGAAGAUGCACAAGGCCGGCAUCCUGAAGAAGAUGCCAAAGCUGGGAGGCGACAAGGCGCCGCUGCUGAGCGACCCCCUGAUCGUGCCUCGGUAUAUCGGCAAGCUGCUGACUUUCUGGAGGUGA